CGCACUCAGCGUUCUCUUGUGUUCUCGGUGCGUGGUCAGAAGAGAAGAACUGAGACGAAGCAAAAGCUGAAAAGCUUAAACUGGCGAAAUAUAAAGACCCAUCCAAAAGCACUAUACGAAAUCCAAUCCCACCACUCUCUUUUUUCUUCUUCCUUUUCGUGCUCUCUCUCAAAUUCAACACGAGAGACACAAAACAAAACAUUCUCGGGAAGCGUAACCGCCCAGAAUUCCGACCAUUUUCACAGACCUUGUUUUCUGCUCUUGAUGUUUUUCACCCCCCAAAUGUGGCAAUAAAAAACGGGUGGCUUAAUUUGACACAAUCGGUGGUUAUUGCAAAGUUGAGAUGGCAGGUAAUAGUGGUUCAGAGGGGUUGGGCGAUGAUUUCUUCGAACAGAUCUUAGCAGUGCCUGAAGCCGGCACAGUGGGAAUGUUGCAAUUGGGGUCCACAACUGGUGCUUUCAGAGGAGCUUCUGGGUUAAUGCCUCUGGGCUUGAAUUUGGAACAAGCUGCCUUCCUAAGACACCAAGUUAACGUUGACGACGACGUUGUUCAUGUUAAUGUUGAUGAUGCCACCAUCCACCAACAUCACCUCACUCUCCAUAACAACAACAACUCCUCAUCACCCUCUUCCACUGCACCAAUCACCGAUAGGGAUUCUAUGCAUAUGAGGGGUUUAUUUUCCGCGUUUGGACAACUGCAUACUCCUAUCCGCCCCACGCUGCCAUUGCCUCCACCACCUCGUCAGCCACAACUCCACCUCCACCAUCAUAACCAACAGUUUCAGGGCCAGGCAGCUGCAGCUCCAGCGUCAAUGGCUGCUAUGCCACAACCACCUGGGAUCCGCCCUCGUGUGAGAGCAAGAAGAGGGCAAGCUACAGAUCCUCACAGUAUUGCUGAGCGGUUGCGUCGUGAAAGAAUCGCUGAAAGAAUGAAGGCAUUGCAGGAAUUAGUUCCCAGCAUCAAUAAGACGGACAGAGCGGCGAUGCUUGAUGAAAUUGUGGACUAUGUGAAGUUCCUUAGGCUUCAGGUUAAGGUCCUGAGCAUGAGUAGACUGGGUGGAGCUGGUGCUGUUGCUCAGCUUGUGGCUGAUGUUCCCCUUUCUGCAGUGGAGGGGGAUCAGGACAUAGAAGGUGGAGCCAAUGAGCAAGCCUGGGACAAGUGGUCCAAUGAUGGCACAGAACAACAGGUGGCUAAGCUUAUGGAAGAAGAUGUGGGAGCAGCUAUGCAAUUUCUUCAGUCCAAGGCACUUUGUAUCAUGCCCAUAUCUCUAGCCUCAGCCAUUUUUCGUAUGCCUCAAUCAGAAGCAUCAACAGGCAUCAAGCCUGAAUCUAACAGUCACUGAUAUUAGCGAUAGAACCGAAACAAAAAGUAUCAUGACAGACACUAGAUAAUUAAAUUUCUUCAUCCUUAAUUUAUGACAAGGGUAAUAUUCUACUUUCUUGUAUAAUUUAAUUUUCCUGAUUGGAUGGAGAAGGAUCUAGUCGGUGCAGCAGCUGGUUCACUCUUCUCAAGUUUUGUCAAAGAAGGAGUAAUUGUUAUUCCUAUUAAGUAAAAUCGGAGGAGCCCAGCAAAUGUCCUUUUCAUGGUGAAGAUUAAUAUUUUCAAUGGCCUUAUUCAAGUUUUUCUUGCAAAUAUCUGUGGUGGGGUUGGUGGUGGAUGACCAAAAUAUUUGUAGUGGAACCUCUUUUCUUGGUUUAGUAUUUUUAGUCAGUGGGGAGUGGGACCAUUUAAAAGGAAAGGAUGGUUACGAAUGAUGUAUCGGGAGAAAACUUUAAUACAAGUUGAAUUAUAAUAUGGUUAGUUACCUUGUAAAGAUGUUUUGGAAGCAUCUGACCAUUGGAAAAGCUAAAGAUAUUUUAAAAUAAUCACA